CUCCGCCUUAGGGGAGGAGCCAAGAGGCGGCGCGGUGGCUCGCUACCCAGCAGAGCUGGCACUGUCGCCGCACCGCCAGCUGCGGCUCUGGGACCUGCGGAUCGAACCGGGGCCGGGAGCCGCCCGGGGCAGAGCUCGAGAGAGCGGGCCCCACCAUGAGGCCCCAGCCCCUCGGGAGCCCCUGUGCUCCCCUGGCCCCGGGAGCACCGUGCUAGCCCCAGGAAGGACAAGGGCAGGCGCGGGGCCAUGGCCAGCCACGUGGACCUGCUCACAGAGCUGCAGCUGCUGGAGAAGGUGCCUACGCUGGAGCGCCUGCGCGCAGCCCAGAAGCGCCGGGCUCAGCAGCUCAAGAAGUGGGCACAGUAUGAGCAGGACCUGCUUCACCGCAAGCGCAAGCACGAGCGGAAGCGCAGCACCGGUGGCCGACGCAAGAAGGUGUCCUUCGAGGCCAGUGUGGCAUUGCUGGAGGCCUCACUGAGGAAUGACGCGGAGGAAGUACGCUACUUCCUGAAGAACAAGGUCAGCCCUGAUUUGUGUAAUGAGGAUGGACUCACAGCCUUGCAUCAGUGCUGCAUUGACAACUUUGAGGAGAUCGUCAAGCUGCUGCUCUCCCACGGUGCGAAUGUGAACGCCAAGGACAACGAGCUGUGGACGCCCCUGCACGCUGCGGCCACCUGCGGCCACAUCAACCUGGUGAAGAUCCUCGUCCAGUAUGGGGCUGACCUGCUUGCUGUCAACUCUGAUGGGAACAUGCCAUAUGACCUCUGUGAGGAUGAACCCACCCUGGAUGUCAUUGAGACCUGCAUGGCGUACCAAGGUAUCACCCAGGAGAAGAUCAAUGAGAUGCGGGCAGCUCCCGAGCAGAAGAUGAUAUCAGACAUUCACUGCAUGAUUGCAGCGGGCCAGGAUCUGGACUGGGUAGAUGCCCAGGGUGCCACACUGUUACACAUAGCUGGAGCCAAUGGGUACCUGCGGGCAGCUGAACUCCUCCUGGACCAUGGAGUGCGCGUGGAUGUGAAGGAUUGGGAUGGCUGGGAGCCUCUGCACGCAGCAGCCUUCUGGGGACAGAUGCCAAUGGCAGAGCUGUUGGUGUCCCAUGGAGCUAGUCUCAGUGCCAGGACAUCCAUGGAUGAGAUGCCAAUAGACCUGUGUGAGGAAGAGGAGUUCAAGGUCCUGCUGUUGGAGCUUAAACACAAGCAUGACGUGAUCAUGAAGUCCCAGCUGAGGCACAAGUCGUCCCUGAGCCGGAGGACAUCCAGUGCAGGCAGCCGCGGGAAGGUGGUGCGUCGAGCCAGCCUGUCAGACAGAACCAACCUGUACCGGAAAGAGUAUGAGGGAGAGGCCAUCUUGUGGCAACAACGGUGUGCCGCCGAGGACCAGCGUACUUCCACCUACAAUGGAGACAUCAGGGAGACCAGGACAGACCAGGAGAACAAGGACCCGAACCCCAGGCUGGAGAAGCCCGUGCUGCUCUCAGAAUUCUCUACCAAGAUCUCACGGGGAGAGCUGGAUGGGCCUGUGGAGAAUGGCCUCCGGGCCCCCGUCAGCACCUACCAGUACGCGCUGGCCAAUGGGGACAUAUGGAAGAUGCACGAGAUGCCUGACUACAGCAUGGCCUACGGUAACCCCGGUGUGGCUGAUGUCCCCCCACCCUGGAGUGGCUUCAAGGAGCAGAGCCCCCAAACGCUCCUGGAGCUGAAGAGGCAGAGGGCCGCAGCCAAGCUGCUCAGCCAUCCAUUUUUAAGCACCCACCUGGGCAGCAGCGUAGCCAGGUCGGGCGAGAGCAGCAGCGAAGGCAAGGCCCCUUUGAUUGGAGGCAGAACUUCCCCCUACAGCAGCAACGGGACCUCGGUGUAUUACACAGUCACCAGCGGAGACCCCCCGCUCUUGAAGUUCAAGGCCCCCAUGGAGGAGAUGGAGGAGAAAGUUCACGGCUGCUGCCGGAUCUCCUAGUGUCUGAGAGUUGGAAGAGAGAGCUGCCUCGGAGAGGGGCCUCGGAAUCCAAGCCAGUCCAACAGCCCUGGCUGGGGAGGUGUCCGAGGGCAGGCGGGGAGAGGUGGGGUCUGCUUUCUAGAGGAAUGCUGACCUUACCUCAUGCCCACCUGCCCAUAGCGUCCCUACUCCCCUCUGUGCUGCUUUCUUGCCUCAAUGCCUGCAUCUGAAGCAUAGCGGCCCCGACUCACUCUGCAGUCUCAUUCAGGGAGGGUGGGCUUGGGCUAUCAGUUCUGUACUUGGUAAAGGCUUCUUUGGACCAGGACUAACACUCACCCCCUUUAUACCCACACACACACAUACACACACACACACACACACACACACACACACACACACACACAGUGUGCAGGAAUGUUACACCUGAGCUCUUGGGAAGAAGAUUGGGCUGAGAAUUUGUGAGUUAUUCCAAGAAGAAUGAGUUCAAGACAGUCUUGGCACCACUACCAAUUGGCUUUCACUGGGGGAAAGGCCUGCCUAGCUGAGACCCACAAUUCUGCAUUAGAGUCUUACCAGGCUGGGUCACCACCUACACCUAGCAGGGGCAGGAAGUCCUUUGUGUUCCGGGGAGCCAGGAAUCAAUAUGGAUCAGAUCAGUGGGUCCAGGCCUGCUCCCCACAGCCUUGCCGAGAGCCACUCAUGCACAUGUCAGUAGAAAGGUAGAGGACUGUACAAGAGUCAAGCUGGAAAGCCAGACCACCCCACUCUUAAGAGAAACCAAAUCUUGUUUUGGUCUUCCGUGGAAGCACAGGAGUUGGGUCGGGUGCAGCACAUUGGUAUUUCAAACUACAUUUGGUUAAAGCAUUCUUUGAGGCUGUAAAAUUCCAGGUGGGAGGUAACUGAAUUUGCCUUCUCCCAAGAUAGCGUCACAGUUGGGGUUUAUUGUCUGGUGUUUUUGAAAAAUGAGUUUCAUCGGGAGCUUCUGUGGGGGCCUCCCAGGGGAGGGAGGAGUGCGUCGCUGAGAAGACCCUGGUUAACACUGGUAUAACACAGCAUCCUGGCUGAUCUUUGUGGUUUCCAGGCCGUUUUGAUCCAGCCCAACUCAGCCUGCCCUUCUCAGCCUGAGCCAUCACCCUGAGCAGUUGAGGCUUGCCUGUACCCCACCCUCUGCUUUAUACAGCUGAGUGUGCAGAGUGAAUGCUCGGGCCCUCCAAGCUUCGCCUUUUCUGCAAUGCUGUGUAAGACAUGUUUGCCAAGCCUCACUUGUCGGCUCCUGCCAGCGGGUCUCAAAGCUUCCAGCCUGCUUCUACUGGAGUGGUAAUGCCCAAAGCUGCAAACUGAGGUGCCCAGGGUCACACUCGUGUCCUGCGUUCAGGAUAGCGGUGGCAUGGCUGGAGUUGGCUCUCCCUCCAGCUGUACAGCUUUGCUGCCCUAGUCUUCCUGAUGCUGGGGAAAAAUCCCACGCCACAUCACCAUCACAUUCCCACGACCCCAUUGAAACUGUGCUCCAUACCUUGGGUUCGACACCCUGGCUCCACCAAAACCUUCUGGUGUAACUAGCACACCACACCUUUGUUCUUUGCUUUGUGUUCCUUUUAUCUGUCCCCAGACUACCUCCUUAGAGCCCGGAGAGGGUCCCUAAGCCUGGAUUCAGAUGCAGGGGAGAGAUGCCCUUUAUGGCCCCCGGUUCCACUCCCUUAGGAGUUAGGCCUGCCAUUUGUUGGUCUCUGUCCCUACUGUGGCCUUGGGACCUCGGCCAAAGAUGAAUCAGGACCUGACUAAGUUAGACCAAUGCUUUAUCAGGACCAGGAGUGUGGGCCAGAGAGUGCCCUGGAGGCUGCUGGAUGCGGAAGGAGGUGCACAACAUAAGGUCAUCCCCAGCUCCAGGAUGAAUGUAAUCUGGCAUGGUGGGGUGGCACAGGAAACCAAAGAUGGUUUCCUGAAUCCCUGGGACCUCAGCUAGGCUCCGCAGCCCAUGGCUGAACGAGGAGAUGAUCAAAACACCCACCUGUGGCUUUAAACUGCUCUUUAGCUCUGACAGACACUGAAAUGCCUUUUGGAGACGACUUUAGCCACAAGGUGGGCAGUGCCCAGGCAGCAGCCACAUACUCCUCGGAGUCAGCUGCCCAGGGGUUUUUGGGCUCUUUGCUGGGGGAGGAGGCAGAGAGUGAAGGUAUUUUUUGCCCUCUCUGAGCCAUUCAGGCUAUUCAAAUCCUCCUCCACCCUCAGCACUUCUUUCUGGGCCAUUCCUUUCUGUCUGAGGGAUGGGAAAAUCAGCUGCCUCCUCCAUGGGAGCUAGCCUCAGACAGUGUGGAUUCAUGGGCUUUUGUUCAUGUUUUCCAUCAGGGAUAAGCAAAUGUUCCCUGUUUGGGCGCCAAGUCCCCAGGGCACUUUCCCUGUGACUCUUUGGAAUAUUGAGAGCCAUGAUGAGGAAUAACCUCCAGCACAUGAGCCAGGGCCACCCACUCACUCACCCAUGUCACCUACUGAGGUGGUGAGACACCCCCAAACUGAUGUUAGUUUCUGCAGAUAACAGUCCAGCUAAGCAUUGAAGACUUUGAUCCCUUGAGGACAGUGGGCAUCCUCAGACUCAUCCAUUGUUCUAAUCAGAGUGCCUGCAUCCCAGACCAACGCCCCAGUGCUUUGCAGCUCCUGCAGUUCUGAGUGUGAACCUCCUUAGCUGGGACACAGCAUUAUGGCCACACCUAGAUAACAUUUGCCUCUAAGUGCAGAUACUAGAUCUCAGGCCCCAGGCAGACACCACACCAGUCCAUUUAGAGCCCUCAGAGGUAGCCUUCAAGCCAGCAUCCCUGGAGAACAACAUAAGAGCAGUCUGCGAUCAGUGCCUGGAAGAAACAGAAGUCUGAAAUUUGUUGCCAAAUGUGCCCCAAGCAUUUACAGUCGUCUCCUGCUCAUUUUUGCUCAUGAACUCUACCAUCUUCUCCCCUACCCCACCAAUGGAUAUUGGGAGGGUGAACUCCUCCUCUUCAUAUCAAACAUUUCCUUGUGUGUCAGCCUCUCUCCCUGGAAGGUGUGGAUACAGGGGCAAGGCCGAAGCCUGGCAAGGUUACCAGAUGCCUCCCUCCUACCAGGAACCUGUGUCUUGGUAGCCAUCCUUGGCAAACUGAAGACAUCUAUUUCCAAACCAGGUGCCCCACAGUUUCCUGUGAGCUGUGGUCCUUGCACCCGUUUUAUGCUCCCCGAACAAUUAGAAAUUGGUAGCUAUCACCAGAUUGUGACUUUCUGGCCAGUAGCUCAGGGAAUUGGAAUGAAUCCUAAGUCCAGGUCUACUGAAGACUUUGGGGGAUAUAAUUCUUUAUCAGAUAUGCAGUAUUAAUGAAUCUUCUCUACAUUGUUUGAUCAAAUUUUAGAUGCUUGGAAAGAUUGCCAGAGGGUGGCCCUCAUCCGGGUGUAGUGGCAGAUACCUUUAUUCCCAGCACCAGGGAGGCAGAGGCAUGUGAUAUAUCUCUGAGUUUAAGGCCAGCCUGGACUACAGAGUGAGUUCCAGACCAGCCAGGACUACACAGAGAAACUCUGUCUCAAACAAAAACAAAACAAAACAACAACAACAACAAAGAAACACUCAAAUAAAUAAAAAUAAAAUAUGGCCUCUGGGUUGGCCUACCACAGCCUAGUUUUGUAACAGUGUGAGACUCUCGGUUCUUAGUGUCCAAUACUCCUUGAUCCUGGGCUUUCUCUCCCACCUGCUGUCCCAAAGCGGGUCACUGGGAUAACUUCCAGAGGGGCCAUCCUUACAUGAUGUCAGAAGGAUUGUCCGAGCUCUCGCUAUCUGUAGCCUGACGAUAGCCUCCCCUUCCCCAGGGCACAGAAAAGCCAAGGGUCACAUGGCCAAGGCCACACUCCACUGAAGUGACCCACCCACUUUCCUAGAACGCCCUAGACUUUUCCUCCACAGGAGUCCCUUGUUAGCCAGAGGGCCUGCUUUUUGUGGGCACUUCAAGGGCCACCUCAAGUGCGGGGCCUGGCUCUGCACACCGGGAGAAGUCUGCAGACACCCAGCCCUCCGCAAUAAAUCACCAGACCAGAAGCCACUGAUGUACAGAGAACACUUAAGAAAAAAAAAAUGUAUUUUAUGUGAAAAAAGUUAAAACUCUGUAUACUGUAUCAGCAGCUUUGUGUAAAAAAUGGCAAUCAAAAGAAUCUAAUAUAUUUAAAACUUUUUUUAAAAAGAAAUUCUCAUGGAUCUUUGAUAUUGUACUGAAGUAGCUCCACGCCUCCAAGAUGGGGUCUGACCAUAUCCCCAAGGAGCCCGUGUCCCAGGAGUUACUUCCAGCUGCCAAGGCCUGUGACGGAAUUCGCUGUUAUGGAUUUUUAAUUAAGAUUAUUAAAUUCCUUUUAAUAACA